AACACUGCCGCUAAAAUAAAGUGAGCUGCGUUUGUAAGAACGGCUAGAAAAAGGUCACAUUUAAUUAAAUCUACUUUUAUCACGACGUUUUAUGCAGAGUUUGGCUGAAAAAAGGAGUGAUAUGUCCGAGUCUUCCAUCUCUCAGUGCAGUGAGCUCACCGAAGAGCCUCAGGUUAUAAAAACAGAAACCUGCUUAGUUCUCUUACUGCUGACGUGGAGCAAUUUUAUGUACGUAUGAAAAUGAGCGGUCAAAUCGCAAGGUAACGUGAGUUGUCCUACAAAAAGUUGUUGUAAGUUCCGCAUCUAAACUCAGACGUGCAGCAGCAUGGCAGGGCAAGGUGUUUUCUACUGGAUACAAUCGUUCGUGGUCCUGCUCCUCUGCUUAUCAGAAGCUCUGCCUGCAGCCUCAGAGACAAGCAGAAAUUACUAUGACAGACUCAAUGUCGAGCCAACAGCAACGGACGGACAGAUAAAAAAGGCUUUCCGAAAACUGGCCAUCAAGUACCACCCAGAUAAGAACAAGAGCGUCGAUGCAGAGAAGACUUUCAGGGAGAUUACUGAAGCAUACACAGUGCUCUCCAAAAAGGAGAAGAGGAGGCUCUAUGACAGUCUGGGCCAUGACACUUUCUUAAAAAAUGAGGCCUCUGAUGACACCAAUGGUGAACCUGAGCCGAGCUUCCACUUCAGUUUUGCUGACCUGUUCCAUGACUUCGAUGGCAGCCCCUUUGGGGAGGACGCACACUUCCAGUGGAGCUUUCCUCAGGACUGGGAGGAUGAGGAGGAUUCAUACGAACAUUUUGAACGACCUGGCCAUUACUUCCAUUUUGGGGAUAUGAAUGAAAAUGAGGAAGACUACCACAACUAAACUGAAAGAGAGUGCAUUGCUUUGUUUUUGUGUGUAUGAAAUAGCCUGUAUCUCAUGACCCUUCUACAGUAUGACUGAUAAUAAAGUCUCUAUGUUAAAUUGUA